AUGGCAUCAACCCUUGCCUUUUCCAUUGCGGCUUCAAUUCUGCUUCAGCCAGUUGUCGGCACAAACACAGGCACAGUCCACUGCGCCGACGCCACCUACCAGCCUGGCAGCGUCUAUUUCUCGGAUCAAUGCUACAAUGACAUCCAGAGCUGCAUCACCAAACUGGCAGCCAAUGCCUCAGUAGUUGAUUGCAAUGGCGCCAACAUCAGCAUGCAGCAACAGGCAAAUACUGGAGCCGUGGGCUCAGCCCAGAACAGCGACAUCAGCGUUUCGUUCAAAAGCAUGGUAGACCUUUGUCUCCUGAGCGGCUCAACAAGCGGAACUUGGGGCUGGAGCGACAACCAGUGGUACUGGCUUUGGACGGGCGGAUCUUGCUAUUCGUCCAGCGGAGGAUCAGACACAAUGCCUACAAGGCCUGCGCCAUACUGCUUGCAAGAUCGCGACUCUUCGCUUCCGGACUGCUACCCUCAGCCGAGUCCUGGCGGAGGUCCGCUGAAAGUCUUGAAAACAGCAAAGACCACCAAUGGCUUCACUUCAUCGGCCCGAGGCUGGAACACAUACGGAGCUCAGGCCCUGACCAACGGCUCUACGCUGAUUCCCUCCUUUGCAGGACAAUCUGGCCUUUAUUAUACGCAAAAGUUUGUUGAAACGCAGUGCGGCGUCCUUGCCAACUCCAAAUUCAAGGCUGCAGGCUUUGAUAUGUGCAGUCUUGAUUCUGGCUGGCAGUCAUUUGAUGAGGUUGAUAACAACGGCCGAAUCAUUUAUAACGACACUCGAUUUGACAUGCCCAAACUUGGUCCGUGGCUUCACAAUCAGGAUUUGAAACUCGGCCUAUACAUUACUCCCGGUGUGCCUUGCCAAGCAGCCAACAAGACCAUUUUAGGCACGGAUAUUACCGUCGGAUCUGUGUUUAACGGCAAUUUUGAUCAGAUUUUAUGCCAGUUUGACUAUAGUAAGGAUGGUGUUCAACAGUGGCACGACUCUGUGGUUGAUCUGUGGGCCUCUUGGGGUGUUGACAUGAUCAAGCUCGACUACAUCACUCCUGGCUCUCCGCAAAACGGCGCCAUGCUGGGAUGCCAAAACUCAGACGCCGUAGUGGCUUACCAAAAGGCCAUUGCAAAGACAGGCAAGGAUAUCCGUCUAAACAUCUCAUGGAAGCUGUGCCGCAACGAAACUUGGCUGCCUGUCUGGAACGGUUUAGCAGAGUCCAUGCGCACGGAUCAAGAUAUCAACAACUACGGCCACGAGACGUUUCUCGCUUGGUCGGUUGCUCAGCGCGCCAUUGACAACUACCGCCAGUAUAUCGGCCUCCAGGCUCAGCAGAACAAACCCAUCACAAUCUACCCAGACAUGGACAACCUAUUCGCCGCCAACGCGGAGAGACUGACCGGCGUCAACGAUAGCAUGCGAACCACCGUCAUGAACCACUGGCUGGGCGCAGGCGCAAACUUGAUUCUCGGCAACGAUCUCACCCAGACGGACGAUCUUGGCUACAAGCUGCUGACAAGCUCCCAGUCAACUGCUGCCGCCAACUUCUUCGCCAAGUAUCCUAUGCAGCCGCGCAACCCUCGCACUGGAAACAACCUUGCCCAGCAGCUUCAAGCCUGGAUCGGUGGCCCGAGCGAUAAUGGCAAGGAGGCAUACGUGCUGAUUGCAAAUUACGGACCUGAUCAAGGAUCUGGAGGCUUUGGGACGCAUCUUUAUGGGCGACAGGCAGUGACUGUGUCUUUGGCUGGUCUCGGCUUGAGUUGCUCUGGGUGGAAGUUUACUGAUGUGUGGUCAGGCAAUUCUACGCAUGUUAACAACUACUAUACUGCGUAUCUGACCGAGGGUGAAUCUCAGUUACUGCAUCUGACGAAAGGCUGA